GCCGCCCCCAUACAACUGACGAAUAACUCUGAUUGCUAAUAAACUGGUCCACAAUGGAGCAGCUUGCUUGCCCGACUCCAUUCUUCGUCCCCGAUGGUCCUAUGAUCAGAAGCAAGCUUCUCAUUAAAAUGCAAUAUGUCAGAACAAUUGGAUCAAGAGCCCGUGGAUGGCAUCGUCGAUGAGGUCAUGAGUGAAGGGAGCGAAGAUGAAGAUCAAGAAUCUAUGGAAGAGGAAGAUAGCGAGGAUGCUGGGUCAAAUAAGGAUGAGGAGGGAAAAGUUUAUCUACCUGGACAACCGCUAAAAAAGGGCGAGGAACUCAUCGUAGACAAAUCUGCUUAUCGAUUAUUACAUCAGGCACAGACAGGAGCACCUUGCUUGAGCUUUGAUAUAAUUCAUGAUGAUUAUGGCAACUCUCGAGACACAUAUCCUCUUAGCAUGUAUCUGGUGGCUGGAACACAAGCUGCUAAGGCUCAUGUUAAUAAUCUUCUUGUAAUAAAAAUGUCAAACCUCCAUGGCACUGGAAAAGGUGAUGAGGAUUCAGAGGAUGAAUUGAGCGAUUCUGAAGAUGAAAAUGAAGGUGAACGUGCACCAGUCAUGGCUGUUGCUUCAAUAAAGCAUCAAGGAUGCGUUAAUAGAGUUAGGUGUACACAGAUCGGAAAUACAACCCUGGCAGCAAGUUGGAGUGAACUUGGCCGUGUGAAUCUAUGGAAUUUAAAUGAGCAACUGAAAGCUGUAGACAAUAGCGACUUGCUCAUAGCUUACCGUAAAAAAUGCGAUAAGCCUGAUGGAGGUGUUAAACCUUUGUAUACAUUCAAGGGACAUCUCAGUGAGGGAUAUGCUAUAGAUUGGAGUCCUGUAGAACCAGGUACUCUCGCCUCUGGAGAUUGUAAAGGAAACAUUCACAUAUGGCGGAAUACCGACAGUGCGUCCAGUGCUUCCUGGCUUGUUGACCAGAGACCUUACAAUAGCCAUGCACCUCAUAGUGUGGAAGAUUUACAGUGGUCACCAAAUGAGAAGAACGUUCUGGCUUCUUGUUCGGUAGAUAAGAGUAUAAGAAUCUGGGACACGAGAGCCAGCCCUCAGUCAGCAUGCAUGCUAACAGCUGCAAACGCUCACACGGCCGAUGUAAACGUCAUUUCCUGGAAUCGCAAAGAAACGCGAUUCCUCGUCUCUGGUGGGGAUGACGGAAUGCUCUGUAUCUGGGAUCUACGACAAUUCAGUUCAUCCGAACCAAGCCCAGUAGCCACUUUUAAACAACAUACAGCACCAGUCACUACAGUAGAAUGGCAUCCGGAAGAAGGUACAGUCUUUGCUUCUGGUGGUGCUGACGAUCAGAUCGCCCAGUGGGAUCUUUCUUUAGAAGUAGAUCAAGAUGAAGCUCCUAAAGAUGGCCAAUUAGCCGGUCUACCACCGCAGCUUUUGUUCAUCCACCAAGGACAAACAGAUGUUAAGGAGUUACAUUGGCAUCCCCAGUGUCCUGGUACCCUCAUCUCCACGGCACACUCGGGAUUCAAUAUAUUUCGUACAAUUAGCGUGUAAUAUCCUCUUGAAUAUACUGUCGUCACACAA